ACAUAUGUCUACACUAACUAAAAGUGUCUAUCCCCUCGCCAACCCUAAAGGAAUUAAAAACUCAUGUGAGCUUUGUGGGAAACCUGCCUUCGUACAAUGCAACAAAUGCAAGAUAACCUACUACUGUAGUCACGAGCACCAACGUCUGGACUGGGUGGCAAUCCACGAGCAGGUCUGUUGUUACGUAGCCGAGCUCAAAACAACAGGACUGCCCUUUCUUGGAAGCGAAGAUGAGAGGCAAAGGAGGAAUGCGGACCGAGUGGAGAAACAGAAAGAUUUGAUCAUGCUGACCAGGAAAACUGGACAGAAGUUCUUGUUUGAAAAGAGAUUCAACGAGGCUGUCCCUGCCGCCUUGCAGUCACUGAAGCACAGCAUUGAAGUGUACGGGACCAGUAGUAUUGAGCUGGUAAUAUCUUACCUCAUACUGGCAGAGGCUAGCAUUGGACUUGACAAGUUGAACCAGGCAGAGCAGUAUCUCUCUCAGGCGGAGUGGACUGUUCUGAAGACAGAGGAGGUGGGCAAUGACUACAAAGCCAAGCUCUACACCAACAUGGGUCUUCUCUAUGACGCCAAGGCCAGCUACCAGGAGGCAUUAAGAAACUUCGCUAAUGGGAUCUACUACGCGAGCGAGGAGUAUGGAACAGACGACAUAAGGACCUCCUCUGCCUACUUCUACAUGGCCAAUGUAUUCCUCAAGCAGAACAGGCCAGAAGUCACUGGCUCCAUGUACAAACAGGUAGUUGAGAUUUGGCAGCAGAAAUUGGAGGAGCUCUGUUCGGCCAAAUUAAGCAGACCCAGCACCACUGCUGAACAGAAGAGAUCCAUCCUGGGCAAGAAGGGCACAGGAGGGUCAACAGACCAGUCUCUGGGCUCAGUCGACGGAGAACUGGACAUUGCGCAGCAGGCGGAGGCUAGACAGGUGUUGUCUUCUAUCUACGAGUACUGGAGUGAAAAGGAGGUGGAUGUGGAUGGGACCUCUCUAGCCACCCUCCUCCUCACUCUCGCCUACUUGGAGUUCUACCUGGACAACACCCCACAGAGUGUGGAUCUUCUGGCUCGAGCGAGAGACACGCUGGAUAAGACAGACUCUCUGGGAUUCGAAGGAGAUGAGCUAAAAGAGACCAUUGAAGUGGUCGCUUCUCAGAUCGGAAAUACACCAGCUGCGCUGAGGUCAACGGGGUCCAAACAAUAGUCAACUAAAGAAGGAUUCGAAAAUGUUCUAUUUGUGAAUAAGACACUUAACUGUACAAAUAUUUUUGUAAAGUGUAUAAAAAGCUAACUUUGUUUAUAUUGUACAGCAUCAAUAAAGGUUUAGUAGUUCGAUUUGUGAAUUCGGAACACUAAUUUGUU